AUGGACCUGCCCCCUUACUGUAUCAUCCAUGAUGGCUCCUCUCCUCUUCACUCCCUGCCUCCUCGCAGCAACUCUCAGCAUCUAACGCCCCAGCAUCCGACUUUGCGUACCACAGAGCUCGACCAGGAGCACCACACUGCCAACAGGCACCCGCAUCAUCAACCUUACAUCUGA